AUGGCAGUACAAACACACCCGGAGAACGUCAAGGACAGCGGAGUGCUGAACCGAGAAUCUUCGUUUCUAUCACGUGUUGAGAACAAGUGGAAUGCCAUUCAAGUUGGUCGACAGGGAGAAUACUCAAUCGAGAGAGUGGAGAGUCUAGAUCACUACUGUAAGACCGCGUCCAAGACCCGCGUGUUGCUUGUGUGUAUUCUUACACCUGUCCCAGCGCUAGCAGUCGCCAUAAUACUGGAAAUGAUGCCGCUUCAAGAUCCUUCAAAAGGCUGGGAUGCGAAUUGGAUCUUCUGGAUCCGAGUGACUGUUAUUUGCUUUAUUUUGACUUGGGAAGCCCAUGACGUUAUUUCUUUACCAAACGUGCGUCUUUGGGCUUGUGAACCUCACCCGAUAUCCAGUGAUCGGUUAGAAAUACUUAAGACACUUUCGACUUCAGACGUAUACGGCUCUCGGUCUUGCCACACGAUCCCAACGAAAGCAAAUGCGUCCCUCUCAUCUAGUUUACUAGUUCAAACGCGUCGUGUGUUAGUGGCACCUAUUGGCCCGACCGAGUCCGUUGUUGAGAAAACGCACAGUCUGAGAAAUCCUCGUGUCUCGACUUCCAUACUCAAUACUCAAGUGUUUGGUUCGGAGCGCUCAAAGAAAAAGUUAAUAACUCAAGGGCUUCAGCUCCUGUUUCACUGUGAAUAUCUCGUUUUAGUUGAGUACAUCGAGUGCGUUGUCCCAAUUGUGUUCGUGACCUAUCAGUCCGUUCUGCGUCAACUACCAAAUGUCAUUUAUGCUCCAGAAGGAGCUGAAGGGUGGCAGAGUGGGCCAAUUGGAACUAUCUUACUAUUUGCCGUGUUGGAGGUCUGCUCGUUGCUAGCUUUGAAAGUGCUUUUGGAGCGCAAAUUCGCGUUCUCUCCUCUCUACCAGUUGGCAUACGUAUUGGAAACGCAACUCGAAUUUGUACAAACGGACGUGUUCAUCGCUACUAUAGUUCUGUUACCAUUUGAACUUGUGCAUUUCGGCAUGGAUUUCACCCUUCGGUUCGAAUGGCUUCGUUCCUCGUCGACGUAG